GCAUGCAAGCGGUGGUACUGACUGGGUGAACGAUUUUAAAUCAGUUCCUUUGCCGGUUUUUGUGCUAUACUGGGAACAAACAAGUUGACAAAGGGAAGGAUUUUGCAUAUGUUGAUAAUCCAUACCGGUGUGUCUGACUCUGCAUCAUACAGUGUUCAUACCGUAAAUGCAACCGUAGCACGAAACGAAAUGCUUUCUACGUAAAUUACACAUAUGGUAAUUUGGGAUUGUCAAUUCUGAUUGGUAAUUUAAGUAUUUGUAACUAUAUUACGCAUCACGAAGAUUUUCUGCAAGCGGAUUCGGGUAACUGUAGCUGGGAAGUUUAUGGAAAUACGGGAUCCUUAAAUCAAAUCAUGCGAAUUUCCGUUUUGCGUAACGGAGAUUAUCAUUAAAAUAACCUAUGGAUUCUGAUCUGGAUGAAGUUGAUGACGACGUCUUUCAUCCAGACGAUGCCGAGGCUGGAGGUCCCGAGAAGACCAUAGUUUCCGUGCGCUGUCACUGUAGCUGCUCUCCACUCAAAGCACCACUCCAUUUCUCAUACUGCAGGGGCACCAGGUUCAGGGAGAUCAGGUACGAGAACAAGGAGACCCAGACGACAAGCCCCGUCAUGGCAAACAGAGACAUCAUGCUACCCUGCAGUGUUCAAGAAGAGCCUCUGAGACUUUUCUAUGGUAAUGCAGGCUACCGAUUGCACUUCCCAGCGGAUUUUGAGCAGAAUCGGGAUGCCGUAGAGGACGAGCUUGUGGAGGAGAGGAACCAGGGAGGUGAGCAGCCAGUGCUAAGUGCCGAGGCUCGGAUUGGGCAGAAACUCCAGCAGAUAGGAGACCAGUUCCACAGGGAUUACACUCUAAUGCACCACAUAAACCAAAGGAACCAGCAGCCCGUGUGGUGGAGACUGGCAGUUACUUUGUUCAAUCUGCUCUUUGAAAGAGAAGGGAACAUAGUGAUGCCAGAUCAGAGGUGAGAUGGACACUGCACGCUCACAGAGGAACUUGGCUGCUGAUGGCACUGUAAGAUUGAACACGGGUUUAGACCAUAAACCACACACCGCGGGCCGGUGGCUGAUUUUAUAUGCUCUCAAAUUUCCCAAGAGGAAGCCAUGUUGUUCUUCAGAUUCUUUCACAAGAACAUGUCCAUAUUGUUUGUGAAGAACUAUUUUGUACAGUAUGUCAGUCUUUUGCACUUCUGUAAAUGUACAUCUUGAACAACAUGCCGCUAUAUUGGGAAUGCCUUAUUUUCCAUUUUUGUGUGGAAUCUUCUCAUGACUGUUAAAAAAAAAUAUAUAACAGCAAAAAAUAUAUAGCAGUUGGAAAUUCGAUUUAACUGUGAUACCCUGGGACCAUUUCUCAAGUUUCCCAAGAUUUUUCCAAAUUGUUUCUAGUACUAUUUUUCUCCUGUCCCAAUUGUUGAAAACUGAAAGGUGUUUCGUUUUGUAAAACUAUUGUCAGCAGGUCAUAUCCCACUUUUUCUGUGUGCUUCUGUAAGUCUGGGAGUGAUCCAGCUACCUCACGACCCCCUGCAAGCAUCUUAACCUCUGUACAAAAAGGGUCAGACCUGUUUGCGUGGGUAGAUCAUGGCGCCACUGUUGCAUUACCUCAUCUCACCCACAGGGGUCAGCAUUAUCUGUAAAAGUGCAUUGUUAACACAGAACUACACAUUAAACCUCCAGUGUGUUAGCUUAACAGCCUCAAUCUUCUCGAUGCUGGCGAUGCAGAACGCUUAUAGUGCCUAAUGGACUCCCUGAACCUCACAAGAAAGGUGUGUCUGUGUCCUAAAUCAGAGUUUUUGAUGAGCUUGAACUAAACUACCACUACACAAUGAUUUGGACAGGAGUGAAGCAGGUACUAAUGCUAAUAAUGAAUGAAGGGUAUCCAAUUCUGUACGUACAGGGCAAGCCUGGGCUUCUCUUGGAUCUCGCAUAUGGUGCAAACAUGGUACCUUUAGCACUGACUGAAUAAAGCUGAAUCCUUUACUAAAAAAAAACCUGUAUUCGUAAAAAUGAUUUCCCUUGCACAUAUCCUUUUUCUAGAGAAAUUCAAUUUUAUUUUGAUAGAUAUUGAUAAAGUGUACCACACCUUUCCUCCUUAAACUAUUAAACAUUGUUUUGGACUAGUUGUUCUAAAAGGGGGAACAAAAUCAUAUGAGGUACAAAAACCUGCGAUUUAUAUCAGACAUUUUCUCAGGAUGUGGUUUAACAGUGGAGCGCCAGAGUUCUUGCGCCUAAUUUCAGGUUACUUGGAUGUGAUAAUUCAAUGGAUUCAGUACGGUGCUAUUGUUACAAAUAACCACUAGUUUGUCACUAAGAAGUAGAUUUUGUACAGGAAAACAAACAUACUUCAAGUUGAGGAAGACUGUAAUAAUUUUGGUUAAUUGUGAAAAUUAAUACAUUUGUAGACCACUGAUGCUGUUUCAUUUUUUUUUGUCCCUCUUUGAUGGAAGCUGGCCCUGCCACUCAUUAAAAUACCCUAGACAGAAAUCUGUUUUUUAGUCUUGAAUCCUAGUCUAUCACAUUUUUAUAUAAAAUUGGGCAUUAAACAAAUGUACAAUCACAAUUUCACUAAACCUCAUAAAUUACUUGGUUCUUUCUUUUUCUUUUGCAGCUUGUUACUUGAACGUAAACUGAUUUUAAUUACUUAAAUUUAAUCCCAAUAGAUGAUGUCUGACAUUUUAAACAACUUUUAAAAGCCAUAACAUGUUUGUGCAUGAGUCGGGUACCAGCUGAUAAAAAAUGUAGUUAGUGCGACACUCAAAAAUAUACAAACAUGACGUUUAAUCAGGGUCUAAAUGUACCAAGGAGUUACAGAAUGCCUUUGGAACUGCCCAUUGUAAUUUGACUAUUCUCCAUUAUAUCUGUGUUCUUAGAUUAUGAAAAACCCAGGAAAACCCUUGAAAAAAAAUUAUUAACACAUUAAAACAGUUGGGGUUAAUAUAAACUAAUGUAACACUAGUGGCUGUAAGUUUUGCAAUAAGAGCUGUUGUAUAACGGCUAAAGGCCAUCAAGAGCCAUCGUUCUAUCCUCUAAUUACCACCAUUAUAAGUCAUGAACAGUAGAUUAUACUAUUUGCAACUCCUUAAAAGGUGUCAAAUGGUAAGCAGCCUCCGUAAUGGCUGUUUCCUGUGAACCUUGAAAGCUGAGCCAACUACCGUAGCCUCCUGCCUUCCUUAGAAUCAACUUGUGAAUAUUUUUUUUAUAUAUUCCCCACCCAAUUUGAGUGGGUCAGCUCCAAACAUCAAAAAGGGACUUCUUUUCCUUGUAACUUAUUCUUCAUAAUUUAUUUUGUGUAUAUUUGUUUAUUUCUACUGUAUAGAUUUCCUUGUGUGCAAUUUUUUGUAACCGUGUUCUGUUUUGUCAGUACCAAGAUUGUGCCAGGAUACAUGACUCAUACUUACAGCCCCACAGAUACAGACAACUGUUUUUUGAAAGCAUUUGCUUGAAUUCUAUAAGGUUAGGCCAGCCCUUUUAUUUUUGUUAGCAAGAUGGGCGGCUGUUUGACAUACACAUCUUUCUUUUCAAAAAAGAAAAUGUAGACCCACAGUAUUAAGUAGGUUACUAAUAUAAUAGAAUGGUUUAAUACUGACUUUAGGAAGUAUGUUGGCUAGUUUACUCUAUUUGAAGUACAAUAUUUGAAGCGAAUGUAAUACAUAUUCCCACUAUCCCCUGUGAAGGCACAACUCUGGUUCUUGCACAAUAAUCUGUGUUUGGCAUGCUUAGUAAAACUAAUUGGGCUAUAGAGAUUGGAAAAACAGGCUGCUGUAUUGGACACAAUCAAAUGUCAUAUUUAAAAUACAGGGAUGGAAAUAAGGCUCCCAUUGCAUAGCAGUUGAAUCCAUUCCUGGUUUAAUAAGACACACCUGAGCUUGUUACCUAUAUAAGAACAUAAGAACAUAAGAAAGUUUACAAACCGAGAGGAGGCCAUUCGGCCCAUCUUGCUCGUUUGGUUGUUAGUAGCUUAUUGAUCCCAGAAUCUCAUCAAGCAGCUUCUUGAAGGAUCCCAGGGUGUCAGCUUCAACAACAUUACUGGGGAGUUGGUUCCAGAUCCUCCUUGUUUCUUUUUUCAGGUCGAAAGUCCCCUGGGUCGACAUUGUCAUUACCUUUUAGAAUUUUGAAUGCUUGAAUACUAUGACAGGAGUCUCCAACCCUGGUCCUGGAGAACCCCCAUCCUGCAGGUCAUGUAUUUACAUCAUCAGUGGCUAAAGAUCUGGAACACCUGUUAAUCUUGACUAAUUAAGCCGAUAAUUGGUUCAAUUAAGUAACUGAGAAACUGGUUGAAACAAAAAACCAGCAGCCACAGUAGCUCUCCAGGACCAUGGUUGGAGACUCCUGUGCUAUGGGUAACCAAACAUCAAGUAAAACCUGCAAUGGGUGUAACUGCUAUGCAAUAGGAGUCUUAUUUCCAUCCCUGAUUAAAUAUUAAUUGCCUUCAUUUCCAUUACUUUGCAUGUUUAUGACAGUGAUGUCAAAGGCCUUUUAUGUUUUGGACUUGCAUAAUAUAACAACAGACCCUAUGUAAUCUCAAUGCACUGGAAAAUAAUUUAUAUAUGUGUGUAUAUAUAUAUAUAUAUUUCAUACAUGUCCCUGGUUUCUGGUGUAAAGUACACUUAUCAUUUUGUUUGUAAUAAAACACAAAACUGGAUUUCUGUAAUUAACAAUUGGCUUCAGGAAUUAGAUUUGUAAUUAAUUUGAAGAAAACCACAGUGGUUUCAUUUUGUGUUUUGUCUGAGGGAAUUUCUGGCCUGUGCUAGAACUCAACCUAUAUCUUUCAAGAACACACUCGUAAAUCAGAUGUUUUGUCAGGUUAAUAAUGCCUGUUUUUACUGUAAAAUGUUCCUGCUUCCUGUUUUCAUUGUUGAGGAACUUUUCAUUGUUAAAAAGUCUUCACAUCUGGGUGGAAUUUUUGAAAAGCUAUUUGUUUCUUUUUAAAAUGUAAAACAUUCCUGUGGUGACAAUAUACUUUUUUGUAAUCUUUUAUAAGAGAUAUCAACAAAAACACAAAGGCCAGUCACCAGAAAUUACAGUCUGGAACUUGAGUAUGUUUGCUUUAAGGCUCUGGAUAUGCCUUGCAUUACUCCUUUGGUUUCGAAGACGUCUUGGGGACCACACAUUCUCUGUAUCAAAUAAACUGAGACCCAGUGAAAAUGUAGCAUUUUUUAAAAACAUUGACUGUGUGUCUUCGAGACUGUACUGUGCACUCCUUAACCAUAUAAAUACAGUUUGAAAGUGGAGAGUUUUGUAUUCGUGCAAUACCGCUGUAAAUUAGAGCUUGGCUCUUUGAAUUGAUAUCUUUUCUCAGAUUUUGUUUUUCAAAUUGGUACCAUUUUUUUCAAUAAAAAUGCAGAAAGUGAA